CUUCAAAAUAAAAACUGGAGGUGGUGUUCGCAAAUUUCGUAAUUGCCGAAAGUUAUCGGAUUAUAAUUUUAAUUUUACCUGUCCAUUUAAAUCCACUGCCCUUAUUAUAGUUACUAAAAUAUAUCUACAAUCAUAUUAAUGAAAAAUUAGAAUAGAAAUGUUGAGAACUGUGGUACGUCUAACACCGACUUUUAUAUUUCCUAUAUUUGAGAGCAGAAAUGCAAAUGAUUACGAUAUGCUCAACAAAGACACUGAAGCUCCACGUACAGGCUUCGAAAGGGUGAAAAUGAUGUACACAACGAAUGAAUAUGAUGAAGUAUCUCCAGAAAUGAACCAGGUUGCCCAGGCAGCAAUGUUUGGAACAUUUAUCGGAGGUUGUAUGGGAGGCUUUGUAAAAUCUCGCAAUGCAUACCUCUACUUCAUAGAAACAAAUCAAGCAACAAUAUUCACAUCUACUAUGCAAGCUAAGAAAAAGUUACAGGACUAUGUUACAGUUGCGUUUGCGAAAGGGGCCUGCCAGUGGGGAUGGAGAUUAGGCAUAUUUUCUGGAAUGUUCAGUUUAAUAGCUACAACCAUAUCAGUGUACCGAGACGACACAUCCUUGGUGGAGUACAUAACAGCUGGCGCUAUCACUGGUGGACUUUACAAAGCUAAUUUGGGCUUGGCAGCAACCUUUGUUGGAGCUGGACUUGGUGCUGCAUUAAGUACAAUUGCUGGUUUAGCAAUUUUAGGAGUUUUAAAAAUAACUGGUGUAAGCAUGGAAGAUAUAAGGCAAGCAUUGUAUAAACUCAGAGAAGUAAGAGAAGACCAGUUAAAUCAAGCAAUUGAGAAAUCAGCAAAAAUUAAAAACGAUGACCUUACGAGACACCACGAUCAGCUAGUUUUGGAAAAGGGCGAGAAAAAAGUUGAAGAAAUGUAGAAUGAAACCUUGAUUUAUUUUGUAAAUAACUAUUUUUAUUUUAUGUCGUGGGAGUUAUAAUUAUUUUACUCGAAAUUCUGUUUUGUACAGUAAUAUAGGUAUAGCAAUUAAAUAUUUAUUACAAAUCAUACUUGAUUUCCUUUAUCUUAUUUGAGCUAAAUUGGAUAUUAUUUCUAAAAUAAAUAAAACUUCAAUGUUUAUAUCAAAAGCAUUGUAUUGAUAUUGGUUAUUAACUCUGCAUUCUAUAAGAUAAAAAUAAUAAUUUUACAUUUCACAUAUAAAAAUAAAGUGAAAUAUUUACAUGUUUAAACGUUUUUGUGCAUCAAUUUGACGAAUUAUGCAAGAUAAAAUUUUAAAUGGGAUGUAUAUCAAAAUUAAUACAUUCUGCAAUUCAUUAAAAGCAGAUUGAAUGAAUUUUCAUAAAAUACACGGCAAGAAUAUUUUAUUUAUUUAUAAUAUACUUGGACUCUAUCAAGAUUAUAAUAAUUAUUGCUAAUGUUCUUUUAAAUUAUACACUUCGUAAAUAUUAAUUCAUUGUUUGUAAGAUGUCAGUAAAACUUUCUGACAUGUGUGCAAACUCAACAUUUUUAUUCGUAAGUCUAAAAUCACGAUUACAUUAUUGCACCAUGUAAUACCAAGUUUUCAUUAAUACAGUAUAACCACAACUAUAACAUUUUAGCUUACAAAUACAUUGUACGCGCUUACAAUUAAUAUAAGAUACGAAAACGUAAGAAAAAGUACACAGCUUCCAAUAAUUACCAAUAAUAAUACGAAAAUUAUUGAAAUAGAAGAGCAUCGAUAGAAUGUAUCUACAUUUUUUUGUAAUAUAAUGUAGGUAACAUUAAUAAAUAGCUAAUAAACGUUAUAAUUAUUAUAGUAACAUUG